AUGGCUUUCUGUGAUGCCCUAUUUCUGGCUCGUCGGUGUCCGUUGAACGACUAUUCAGGAAGUUUCCUCGCGCUACACGCAGAGAUGGAAGAGAAAGACGAUGUGCCGCAAAGGCCCCAGCCGAAGGGCCUCCAAUCGUCGGAUGUGGCCUCGAUCUUCGAUCUACAGAAUGAGCUCAUCAAACGAAAGAAUGAGGUGGCCGCUCGGGAAACUGCAUCCGGCACCGGAGACUACGCGAGAGUUGGGAAACCGGGUGGCGUCCUAGCGGUGAACAAGAAUGAACGAGAUCGCCUCAAAGGAGAAGCCUACGAAAGAAAACGAAAAAUAGAAGAGUAUGCACGCGCGAUGAAAGCCGAAGACGAACAACUUCGAGCUAAACAAAGAAAAAUCAUGCAGGAAAAAACGGAGCUUUAUGAGAAGCUACACGCUGGAGAAGUUGUUUUAACGCACAAAGACGAGACGCCCGUCGAAUUCAUGGUUGAUUUUCACAUGAAAAUGAAGGAGCUCGAUGAUAAAGCGGACAAGAGAUUUUCGUCGUUUGAUGAUUAUGCAGAAGCUGGUCCCUCAGUGAAACGCGAUGUUCAACCGGAACGAUUUAACCCUGAUGAAGAACAACGAGUCUAUGGUGCAUCGCAUUUACGCCUCUCACAAGACGAAGAAAAACGAAAAGAACAAAUCAAGAAGCUUUACGAAUUAAGCGAUCAAACGGAUAAGUUACGAGAUAAACGGGCAGAGGAAAAGCGCAAAAGGGAAGAAGCUAACAAAGCGAAAUUGGCAAGACUACGAAAACGUUUCAAUUUACCAGACGAGGACGAGCCUGCACCAGAGCCAGAAUAUUUGGACAUACCCUUGCCAGCGGUUGAAACCGUUGAGGAAAAGUUUUCUAAGCGAAUCAAAAAUGAUCGUGAAUGGGAUCGCGGCAAAGGCUCCUACAACACUUGGAUUGAGAAAGAGCGAUCGGAAAGAGAUGAUGAAUUCGCUCCACCCCAAAUGGCUCCACAUGAAGCGACUCCUCCUUGGAGAAAAUCGCCAACACCUCGUUUAAGUUGGGCUCAAUUGUUGGCUCAUUGCAAGGCAUGUAGAGGAGAGGUUCGGUCUUCUGUUGGUGUACCGUUUUCUCGUCUUUCUAUCGCAGCCAAGCCUAAUGGAGAUUGUAUCGUUUACGCUCUAGGCACACCAUCAUCAUCUUCUCAACAAACUGUUCUGUCAGUAGAUAUCAAUCAUAGCGUCGGAUCUACAGCUCAAUUUCGACCGUUACUUGUUUCUGAACAAUUCAGAAAUAGUACAAGUGCUGAGUUUUCGUUGUUGUGUGAAAGACAACGCGUUUCUACUGUUUCUGGAAUUUCGGAUUUCUCGAUUCAUCGAGAUCAUUCUGUAUUGUUGACUACGGGUGCUGAGGUUUAUCGAUACGAGCCGAAUGUGCCCAGAUUGUCGUGUGUUUGGCGAGAUGCAAAUGGUUCUUCGUUUGUUUCGGAUGCUCAGCCCUGUCCUUCGGAUUCCGAUUUAGUGGCUUUUGUUGCCGAGCGACAAGUGCAUGUGGAACGCGGCGGAAGACUAAUCUUUUCGACUGAAUCUCCAAAAAAUACAAUAUUGAACGGAGUACCUUCUUUUGUCACACAGGUUAAACUCGAUCGCUUUACUGGAAUUUGGUGGGCUCCUACUGGUUCUCGCUUACUUUAUGAACAGGUCGAUGAGGAGAAUGUCCAAGUGUUGUCGUUUGAUUGCCCAGGAAAAGAACCAGCCGAUCCAAUGCGUUAUCCAGUCACCGGAAGUCCCAAUGCAAAAAGCUCACUCAGGAUGCUUUUUAUCGAAGGGGAUAAGGUUCAAGAUAUUGGAUUGAGAACACCGCUGCAAGAACGGUUUCCGUGGAUUGAAUACAUUACCCGAGCAGGAUUCCUCUCUGAUGGGAAAACGGUUUGGGUACAAGUCGCAAAUCGAGCUCAAUCACGCAUUUGUCUAAUAUUAUUACCGGAACAUGAAUGGGGUCAUACUGGUGUACGGUCUUUGGACGGGAUUUAUUGCUCGACAUCAGUAAGAUUGACAAGCCCGCUCAUCAUUUUUGACGAGUUCAGUGAAACGUGGAUCAAUACACACAACUUGAUCGAACCACUCCCACUUCUUGACGAUAGGCGGAUAUCUUUUAUUUAUGCAACCGAGGCCUCUUCGGAUUGCCAUCUUUGUCGUCUUGAUUCGGAGCUUCGACCAAAUGGACAAUUGCAAGCAACAGUUGAACGACGAUUAACCCACGGAUCUUGGUCUGUUUGCAAACAAGCUGGUUUGGUGGUGGAUCGACAACGUGAACAUGUCUUUUUCGUUGCCAACAUCAAUAAUCCAUUGGAGAUGACUUUAUGUGUGACUGGAUAUUCCGAGAAAGGGCCUCGAGCCAUUGAAAGACUUACAGAACAAGGAUGGACGUACAGAAACGAAAGGGUUCCCUCUGCUUUGGCAGUUGUUCCGGGACUGGGUUUUACGUGUUGGCUCACCAACUUAUGCAAUCCUCCGCAAUGCAGGUUCUAUAUCUUGAACUACCCACAUGAUGGUGGAUUGCCUACCUCUUGUGUUUUGUGUCAGUUGGAGUUACCCGGAUGCACUUUAUCAGCUCGAUUCACGUCGGUUGAUCGACCAAUUCUCUUUGAGUAUAAAUCACGAAAUAGCGGCUAUGUACAUUAUGCACUUUUGCUUCGACCGCCUGAUAGCAUUCAUGAUCGAGAUGGAACCAGAUAUCCAGUUGUUCAUCACGUGUACGGUGGACCGGGGAUUCAACUUGUUCGAAGCGAUUGGGCAACAUGGGUUCAAUUACUGAAAUACUCCUACCUUGGCUUUUGUGUGGUUCUUGCCGAUGGACGAGGUUCGCAUAAUCGAGGUCGAGAUUUUGAGGCACCUAUCAAAGGAUCAUUUGGAACGGUUGAAGUGGAAGAUCAAUUGGAAGCACUCAACGAGGUGGCUCUACGAUCUUCUUGUAUGGAUUUGACUCGGGUUGCCGUUCAGGGAUGGAGUUAUGGAGGAUAUCUUUCACUUGUCGCUAUCGCAAAAUACCCGGAGGUUUAUCGAGCUUGUGUCGCUGGUGGUGCUGUGACGGAUUGGCGCCUUUAUGAUACAGCUUACACGGAGCGUUAUCUUGGAUACCCGCUGGUGGACUCGAUCUUCAAGAACUCGUCUGUUAUAGCCAUGGUGGAUCAGUUGCCCGAUGAACCUGGACGAGUGCUCAUCGUGCACGGGCUGCUUGAUGAAAAUGUACAUUUUCGACACUCUGAGUCUUUAUUGGAAGCAAUGUUGCGCGCGGGAAAGCCAUAUCAAUUACAAAUUUUUCCAUCAGAACGUCAUGGUAUCCGUUCUUCCGAGUCGGCCGCUCACCUCGACGCCACCUUGAUCAAUUUCGUUUGCAACGCGUUUGGCACU